AUGGACUCGUCCUCCAUGAAAAACAAACCGCCGUCUACCGGAUCACUCGUAACCAUCCUAAGCAUUGACGGCGGUGGAGUCAGAGGAAUUAUGGCCGGAGUGAUCCUUGAGUAUCUAGAAAAGCAGCUUCAGGCGCUCGAUGGAGAAGACGCGAGGCUAGCAGAUUACUUCGACGUGGUAGCCGGAACUAGCACCGGUGGCCUCAUAACGGCCAUGAUAACUGUACCAGACGAGACCGGACGUCCUCGUUUCGCGGCCAAAGACAUUGUCCCAUUUUAUCUUCAACAUUCUCCCAAAAUAUUUCCACAGCCCGGAGGAGUGGCUUCUUUGUUACCUAAGCUUCCAAAGCUUUUGUCUGGUCCAAAAUACGAUGGAGUGUAUCUACGGAAUCUACUAAAUGAUCUUCUUGGAGAGACAAGACUUCACCAGACACUCACAAACGUUGUCAUACCUACCUUCGACAUGAGGAAACUACAACCCACCAUCUUCUCCUCUUACCAGGUAAUGGUUGACCCUACCUUGGAUGUCAAGAUAUCAGACAUAUGCAUUGGAACAUCUGCUGCUCCUACUUACUUUCCUCCUCAUUACUUUCUCAAUCAAGAUAUUAAAGGCAAGACUUCUGAGUUUCACCUAGUUGAUGGCGGAGUUACUGCUAAUAAUCCGACUCUGCUGGCCAUGACUGCUGUGUCUAAGCAGAUUGUGAUUGAUAAUCCUGACAUGGGUGACCUCAAGCCGUUAGGUUACAACAAGUUUCUCGUUGUGUCGAUAGGAACAGGGUCUGCACUAAAAGAUAAGAAGUAUAGCGCAAAAAAGGCUGCAAGAUGGGGAAUCAUAUCUUGGUUAUUUGACAAUGGAUCUACUCCUUUAUUAGACAUUAUUAUGGAAUCAAGCCGCGACAUGGUUGAUUUCCACAGUUCUGUUGUGUUCAAAGCUGGAAAAUCCGAAGACAAGUAUCUCAGAAUCGAUGAUGAUAAAUUGGAAGGAGAUGCAAGCUCUAUGGAUAUAGCAACAAAAUCCAAUUUAGAGGAUCUUGUGAUGAUUGCAGAGAAGACGCUAACAAACAGAGUUGUGCAAAUGAACAUCGACACUGGUAAAUAUGAACCUGUUCCUGGAAAUGUCACCAAUGAUGAAGAGCUCAAGAGGUUUGCGAAAAUCCUCUCGGAUGAAAAGAAAUUAAGGAUGCAAAGUGACGCUAUGCAUAAAGUUUCAUCAAGUUGAAUGCAGCUUUGAUCGCUCGUGCUUUUAUUAUGUUUAGUUGCAUAAAAUAAUUGACUGUAUAUGUCAACAAUAUAGUGUCGAAAUUUCAACU